UAAGAAAGUCUAAAAAUCGACGACAGCUUUUUCCACCAAAAUAAAAAAGAAAGAUUACGGUGAGCAGCAAGCAAUCGGUGAAAACAGCAGCCCCCACCUCUCUCUCUCUCUCUCUCUCUCUUUAUUUUGUGGGUGGGGAGUGUACGAGGGAGGGCGCAAGAAGCGAAGGCCUUCUUUGGACUGAUUCCUCUCUCUGUCUCUCUCUCUCUCUCCUGUCUUUGCUUUGCCUAAACUGCAUCGAAAGCGUGGCGUUUGGAAGCAGCGGGCGACACAGAACAACAACCAAGUAAGAAGAGGAGAGGCUGAGGACCGAGUUCUCCUUUGCCUUUGCCUUCGAUUCCACCGCUUCUUUCUGCUUUAUUCCUCCCCCCGCCUCGCUCCUCCGCACUGCUCUUUGGCGAAUCCGCCUCCUUUGCUUGCUUGCUUCAUUCCUUCCGCAACUCUCGCCCUCUUCGACCUCUCCCUAUAUACAUGUUAUCCCAUUUUAUCCUCUGCUAUCGCCAUGGCAGUUCGAGCCCAACACCCCUCCAACGUUCUGCUACUAAAUAGAAGCGAGCCGGAGAAGAAGGAAAUGGAAUUCCCUGGAACCGCCCCUGGGCUUCUCGAUCAGUCUCUGGUUUACUUCGCCAAUGCCAAUGGAGCGAAUGGGAACCCGAUGAAGCGGGCAAGGGAAGUCACGGGCGUCUCGGUGGCGUCGCCGCCGCAGCAGGGUCACCUCAUCAACCUCUUCGCCCUGGAACCCCUGCCCGCUUCGGCUCCGCUUCCACCUCCCACUCUUUUGAGCCUCGCCGAGCUUCAAAGCCUCCCCCGUCCCUUCACCCCCGGCGGCCUUCGUCUCGCCUUGGAAGGACAAAAUCGGUACCAGAGCCAGAAACAAUCCGAUCCGCUUCUCUCUUCGUCUUCUUCCGUUUCCUCGUCCCUCCUCUCCGCCCUUCCGGCUGAAGAAUUCGCUGCCCGAAUCAACCGACACAAGGACGAAAUCGAACAGUACCUCCACGCCCAGAAGGGAGAGCAACUGCGGCGGUCGUUGGCGGAGAAGCAUCAAAAGCACUACCGGGCCUUAUUAGCCGCGGCGGAGGAGUCGGCCGCCCGGAGGUUGCGGGAGAAGGAGCUGGAGGUGCAGCGGGCGCAGCGGCGGAGCACCGAGCUCGAGGACCGACUCGCCUGCCUCCGAACGGAGUCGAUGGCAUGGCAAGCCAAAGCCAUGGCGGACCAGGCGACCGCCGCAUCCCUCCACGCCCAACUCCAACACGCCGCGUCUGCUGCCGCGGCUCCCCCUUCGGGGAUGGGGGGCGGGUGCAACGAGACCCCACCCGCCGAGGAAGCCGGGUCGGCCUACGUCGAUCCGGACCGAGUCGAGCCGGAGCGGUCGUGCCGCGCGUGCCGGCGUCGGACAGCCUCGGUGGUGCUCCUCCCGUGCCGCCACCUAUGCCUCUGCGACGCCUGUGACGCCGCGACUGCCGCCGAGUCGUGCCCGGUUUGCCGCAGCGUCAGAACGGGAAGCAUCCAAGUGUGCUUCUCGUAGGAACGCCCCCGACUCCCGUCACCGCCUCCCCUCCGCUCCUUCCUCACCGAUCCUCCAAACUCGAAAAUGAACUUUAAUAAUACAUUCAAUCAACAUAAAA